GAGAAAGGCGAGGAAGAAGAAGAAGAAGAAGGAGGAAAAUAAAAACUGCUGAGCUCCGCAAGGAAGUUGCCCGAGGCGGACUGAAGACUCCGGCUGGAGACGGAGCUUCUUUUUCUCACCUUUCUUCACACACACACACACACACACACACAGCCGGAUGGAUUUGAUCUCCUGAGGCUCUGCCGAGGAUGUGACUUGUGGAUUACAGGUUCUACUCUCCAACCAGGUUUCUCCAUCAUCGGUUUCUAGUUCUGCUCAAAAGAAAAUCUCUGGAAUAUGAUUCACUCUUGGGGCUCGGCCAGCUCCACGCCCGGGCUCCUUUACCCCCCCAUUUGGUCUUGAAUAGGAACUCUCUAGCAUCUUGGAAUUCUUACAUCUAAAAACCCUCCUCAAGAUCACCUUUGUAAUUCUUGUUUUUUGUGAUCAUGGAGCCUCAGUGGAAGCCAGCUUCCCCCCGACAGUCUAGCUCGGUCAUCUUCGUGCUUGUGGCUGCAUUGUCCACUUGCCUUCAACCGGCCUCCCCUCAGCGGAUCCCCACAGACCCGCAGGCGGCACCCGAGUACGCCCACUCCAUCCGUCUCGACGGGGACAUCAUCCUUGGAGGAUUAUUCCCCGUCCACUCCCGCGGCGACCGCGGCACGCCCUGCGGGGAGCUGAAAAAGGAGAAGGGCAUCCACCGUUUGGAGGCCAUGAUGUUCGCUAUCGACCUGAUCAACAAGGAUCCCGAGCUGCUGCCCAACAUCACGCUGGGGGCCCGGAUCUUGGAUACCUGCUCCAGGGACACGUACGCUCUGGAGCAGUCCCUGACUUUUGUGCAAGCCUUGAUCGAGAGGGACGGCUCGGAUGUUCGCUGCGCUAAUGGGGACCCUCCCAUCUUCACCAAGCCGGAUAAAAUCGUUGGCGUGAUUGGAGCCGCGGCCAGCUCGGUGUCCAUCAUGGUGGCGAACAUCCUGCGACUCUUUAAGAUCCCCCAGAUCAGCUACGCCUCCACGGCUCCGGAGCUGAGCGACAACACUCGCUACGACUUUUUCUCCCGCGUUGUGCCCCCGGACUCAUACCAGGCGCAGGCCAUGAUGGACAUCGUCACAGCCAUGGAGUGGAACUACGUGUCCACGCUUGCCUCAGAGGGCAACUACGGAGAGAGCGGCGUCGAGGCCUUCAUACAGAUCUCCAGGGAAACUGGUGGCGUGUGUAUUGCCCAGUCCUUGAAGAUCCCUCGGGAGCCGAGACCAGGGGAGUUCGACAAGAUCAUCAGACGUCUCCUUGAGACCUCCAAUGCCAGGGCCAUCAUCAUGUUCGCUAAUGAGGACGACAUACGACGGGUUCUGAAUGCCGCUAAAAGGAACAACCAGACGGGUCACUUCCUGUGGGUGGGUUCAGACAGCUGGGGGUCCAAAAUCUCUCCUGUGCUUGACCAGGAGAGAGUGGCCGAAGGUGCCAUCACCAUACUCCCCAAGCGAGCUUCUGUGGAUGCGUUUGACCGGUACUUCCGCAGCCGCUCACUCUCCAACAACAGGAGGAAUGUCUGGUUUGCCGAAUUCUGGGAGGAGAACUUCAACUGUAAGCUGGGGAUGCACGGCAAGCGGCCCGGCAGCCUGAAAAAAUGCACAGGCCUAGAAAAAGUGGGACGGGACUCCAGCUACGAGCAAGAGGGGAAGGUUCAGUUUGUGAUGGACGCCGUGUACGCCAUGGCUCAUGCUUUGCACCGCAUGCACCGCGAGCUCUGCUACGGCUACCCGGGCUUGUGCCCACGCAUGGCCAGCAGCAUAGAUGGGAAAGAGCUUCUCAGCCACAUCCGUGCGGUCAACUUCAACGGAAGUGCCGGCACGCCAGUGGUUUUCAAUGAGAACGGAGAUGCUCCGGGGAGAUAUGAUAUCUUCCAGUACCAGAUUACCAACAGAUCUACGGCAGAGUACAGAGUCAUCGGCUCCUGGACCAAUAAGCUUCACCUCAAAGUGGAGGCCAUGCGUUGGAGGAGAGGUGACCCGUCUCUCCCGGCAUCUGUGUGCAGCAUCCCGUGUCAAGCAGGUGAAAGGAAGAAGGUGGUGAAAGGCGUGCCGUGCUGCUGGCACUGCGAGCGCUGUGAGGGAUACCACUAUCAGGCUUCCGAGUUCACCUGCGAGUUGUGUCCGUACGAGAUGCGACCCGACACCAACCGCACCGGCUGCGUGCCCAUCCCAAUCAUCAAGCUGGAGUGGCACUCCCCCUGGGCCGUCGUCCCCGUCUUCAUUUCCAUGCUGGGCAUCAUCGCCACCUCGUUCGUCAUCGUCACCUUCGUCCGCUACAACGACACGCCCAUCGUGCGGGCGUCGGGCCGCGAGAUGAGCUACGUGCUGCUGACGGGCAUCUUCCUGUGCUACGCCAUCACGUUCUUGAUGAUCGCGACGCCGGACGUGGGCGUGUGCUCGUUCAGGAGGAUUUUCCUCGGCUUGGGGAUGUGUUUCAGCUACGCCGCGCUGCUCACCAAGACCAACAGGAUACACCGCAUAUUUGAACAAGGGAAGAAGUCUGUGACGGCACCCAGGUUCAUCUCGCCCGCCUCCCAGCUCGUCAUCACCUUCUCCUUGAUCUCAGUUCAGCUACUAGGAGUCUUCGUCUGGUUCGCGGUGGAUCCCCCGCACACUGUUGUGGACUACGGCGAGCAGCGCACCCAGGACCCCAUGUCGGCACGCGGCGUCCUCAAGUGCGACAUCUCGGAUCUGUCCCUCAUCUGCUCCCUGGGCUACUCCAUCCUGCUGAUGGUGACAUGCACAGUGUACGCCAUCAAGACGCGGGGGGUGCCCGAGACCUUCAACGAGGCCAAGCCCAUCGGAUUCACCAUGUACACCACGUGUAUCAUCUGGCUGGCGUUCAUACCCAUCUUCUUUGGCACAUCGCAGUCUGCAGAGAGGAUGUAUAUCCAAACAACCACACUGACUAUCUCCCUCAGCCUGUCUGCCUCUGUGUCUCUGGGGAUGCUCUACAUGCCCAAAGUCUACAUCAUCCUUUUCCACCCUGAGCAGAACGUACCUAAACGAAAACGCAGCUUCAAGGCGAUUGUGACGGCUGCGACCAUGUCGGGAAAACUGACUCAGAAGGGAGGAGACCGGCCCAACGGAGAGGUGAAGACUGAACUAUGUGAGAGCAUGGAGACCAACAGUGAUUUCAUCAACUAAGACGACAUAUGUCAGCUACAGCAAUCAGGCCAUCUGAAAGGACAACUGAAGAGCGAGAAGGGGAUUGGACAGAAAAUGGGGGCGUGUCUUUGGGGCAGUGCCAGGCAAAAGAAGAAGCUCUUGUUUGACGGCGAUUGUUUGGAAAAACUGAUGCACAGGCAGAGCGCCCAAUGGAAUCCAAGCAUGAGACAUUUUGUAUUGUUCAGCAUCAAACCACAGAGAGUUGGGACCACAUCAACAGCCAGUCAGUGUGCCUGCUUUCCCGCUGUUCACAGCUCAUUGGUCCUACCAUGAACUCACCUGUUAAAAAAGAAAAAAAGUAAAAAGAGACAACACGAAAAAAGACAUACCAUAGGACACUGUGGCGGACAGUGUAACUAUUAAACUCUACAAACGUUAAAAAAAGAAGAAAAAAAAGCGACUUUAAAAAAAAAAAAAGAAAAAGAAAACACAUUUACAUGUUAUAUCCAAAAGGACGAAGGUAGGGCCGGGAAAGAGAUUUAACAGAUUCAAUUUUAAAAAGAUAUUUAAAAAGAGAAAUGUAAGAGAAAAUCUAUGAGAUUCAAACAUGUUUGUUGUUACUCUCUACUUGUAAGUAUUUUUGUGGUCGUGACGAUUUUUUCAUUCUUGUCUCACCGUUGUCUGAUGGAUCGCCCUUGCAUAAUGAGAUGAGUGUGUUUCCUCCUGCUGUCUCGGCUAACCGGGUGGUAGCCUUGGGUUGUGAACCUGUAAAAUGCCAUGGUUGAAGCAUGCCAGUUUUUUAUACAAAUAUGGAGAUUUAUUUAUAAUAAAGGAAUGUUUUGCAAAUGUG